GCGGAGCCUGGCUUGUAGUUACGACUGCAACGGUCAUCUCUUGGUCUUCCACUGCUAUUCGCUCACUCUGCUUGCUUCCUCUGCGCAUCCAUGGGCGACUCCAAGAAAUCUUCAUCUUUUGGCACCGAGCGACGCAUAUGGGAGCGGAUCCUGGAAAGCCUAGUUACGGCGAUGCGAUCCCAGCAGUCGCAGAUCAAAACCCUAGUCCACGAUCGGGAGUACCUCGAGCGGUACAUCGAAAUCAUGCACGACCGUUGGGCAUCCAAGGAUGAACUCCUCCGCUCUCGUAUCGCUAAGUUGAAUGAGAGGGAAGAAAAAGGCCGUAAGGUGCAAGCGGCUGUGUUGGAUCUCGCUGUUGGGAUUAAGCAGAGAGAGGCUCUUCGCUUCAAGAAAUACUAUGAACAAGCCGAGAAUGAUUUGGAGGAUUUAUAUGCAUAUGCAGAGAAUUUAACAAUGGAACUUUCAGCGCUUAAGGAAAAACUGAAAAAUAAUGAUGCUGAAAGAGCAACGAGUGAGGCUGAUCAUUUGAUAGCAGCAGAUGACUCGGAGAGAGGUGAAAGCUCUUCAGCAGAUCUAAGAGGAGAGCUGCAAAAGCUGAAGCACUCUUACAAAAGUCUUAGCUCAAGAAAGGAGGCUGAGGUCUCUGCUUUGAUGGCAGAAAAAGUUUUUGUAUGGAACCAGUUAAACAAAAUGGAAAGUGAUUAUACUAGUCUCCUCAAGGCCAAGCGAAUAGAAGUUGAACAAGCUAAUGAGACAACACAGAAGCUCCAAUCCUGUCUAGAAAAUUUGAAAUCAUUAAUCAGUGAGAGAGAUGGAGCCAUUGCUAAAUUGGAAGCUGAAAGGGCUAUGCUUGGGUCAGAUUUAAGAAGGCACACUCAGGAAGCUGAAAGAACCAGCAAAGAAGUGGAGAAAAUUCAAUUUUCUGUAAAAAAGAUGGAGUCAUUGGUAAAAAAAAAGGAUAAGAUAAUUGAAGAUUUAAAGAGUAAUCUAGCUAAAGUUGAGCAGAAUUUUAGCAGAGAUAGUAGCAGUAACUCAAGAGUUUUUGCAGACCAAAAAUCGCAAAGAAGAUCAAAUGAUUCUUUAGUCGCACCAGAAGUUAGUCAACCAAGAAGGGGUUCCCGGAAACGUAGUUCAGAAAGUCCAAAAGUAAGCAGAAGUAAAAAGCAGAAAACUGGUUCUAAAGACCCUCCUAAUGUAUCACAUGCUUCUUCUUCAACAAAUGCACUUCAGCUACGUUCUAAAGAAAGACAGACAAGGACCAUGUCACCAGCAGGGAGUCCAAGAUUGUUUUCUUCAAAUUUCAAGCUACGUUCUAAGGAAAGACAAGGACCAUGUCACCGACAGGGAGUCCAAGAUUGUUUUCUUCAUAUUUCAAGGUUCCCAAAAUGAAGGGUUCAUCCCUAAGAAGUUCGUUGGUGGAAAUUUCUAAUUUUAUAAUUCCUUCUGAUUUUAUUUUUGUUCUUUUAAUUUGUUUGAUUAGUGUAUAUUCUAUUGUUAUUUCGUAAUUAGCUCUAUGUAUUUUCCCUGAAUUUUGUAAUCUGC